UGAAAAAUAUUUCAAGUGUGUUUAGGCUAACUGAUUUUUUUUUUUUUUUUUACAUGUACUUGAUUUUUUUUCGGCGCUCUAGGACCUUUAGAAAGGGUGGUCCUUUAAAAGGAUGAUCAAAAAGUUGGUCCCCAAGUCCCAUGGAAACCCGUAUGUGUGUUUUGGUUCAUCCGCUUUCUCCGCUGUCAGAUUAAGGACCGCGCCUUCUCUACUCUUUUAAAUUGUCUAAUACGCAUCUGCCCGCUCUGUGGCGCACAACCACCCGACAUCUCAGUCACGUCCCGCUGCCUUUACUGACGUGUUUUUCCGCAUUUCCUGCACAAGAGACGGAGGAGACGAGGAGGAGGAAGCGGCAAGAGGUAUGUCCAAUGAUGGAAGUUCAUUUCGGCAGCCGGACACCAUAACAGGCCCUGCAUGCUGAGCGCAGCUAGGCUACACAUCGCCUAUUUCUGCCCCUCUGCCGGCUUCUCUCCUUGUGUACAGCUCUCCCAUCGCCGAUGCGCCGCCACAGAGCUCCUCCAACCCCCCCUCCUUUCCCCUCCACACACAUACACACAAACGGUGCAAUGCAGCUGCAGGCUUGUGCUUCAACGUUGUCCUCACACAGCUGACGGACUCUAUGAAAAACUGAAAAUAAAGUCCUGACUGAACGUCUCACUCCCUUUUGUAUGUAUCGUGGUCUAACUGUCAGUUUUCCUCGCUGCGCCUCUGAAGACGCUCCCCAGGUCAGGGGACCCGUCCUUGCUGCUGCUGCUGCUGCGCAUUAUUUGUUAUUGUCAGUGGGAUUUCUUAUGCGUAUCGGGCCAGAGUAAACGUGUUUCCUCUGGCGUGAGUGGCGUUUGUUACUCAGCUGGGAGGGAAACAGUGGAACCACCGGUUGAGCUGAGCCGUUAUUCUCGCCAAAGGAGCGCAACGAGUUUGUUUAGGAGGAGAAAACAGGACGCGAGGAGCUUAAAGAGGUGAGGUGUAAACAAGCCGACGACAUGGUAGUCUUUAACGGGCAACUAAAGAUCAAAAUCUGCCAGGCUGUCAACCUCAAGCCCACCGCCUGGUUCUUGCGUCACGCCGUCGGUCCAAAGACCCAGACCUUACUCCUGGACACGUACGUCGCCCUUAACGUAGACGACUCGCGCGUGGGCCAGACCUCCACCAAGCAGAGGACCAACAGUCCUACGUGGAACGACGAGUUUACCACCGAGGUUCACGAGGGCCGCAAGAUAGAAUUGUCUGUCUUCCACGAUGCACCCAUUGGCUAUGACGACUUCGUGGCCAACUGCAUCAUCCAGCUGGAGGACAUCCUGCACAGCGACAGCAAGCACUUCGAAGACUGGAUUGACCUGGAGCCUGAGGGAAAGGUGUACGUAGUUAUUGAUCUAAUAGGAUCUUCCAGUGAAGUUGCAGCAGAACUGACGGAAAAUGAGGAGCGCGUGUUUCGACAGCGGAUGGGACCCAGAAAACGUCAGGGUGCCGUCCGCCGUAGAGUCCAUCAGGUCAACGGACAUAAGUUCAUGGCCACAUACCUGAAACAGCCCACAUACUGCUCACACUGCAGAGACUUUAUCUGGGGUGUUUUAGGGAAGCAGGGUUACCAGUGUCAAGUCUGUACCUGUGUGGUCCAUAAGCGCUGCCAUGAACUAAUCAUUACCAAAUGUGCAGGACUAAAGAAGCAGGAUGACCCAGUGUGGGAGCUUCAGCACGUUGGCUCUCAGAGGUUCAGUGUCAAUGUGCCACACAAGUUCACCAUUCACAACUUUAAAAUUCUCACUUUCUGCGACCACUGUGGCUCUCUGCUGUGGGGUCUGCUGCGACAAGGGCUCCAGUGUAAAGUUUGUAAAGUUAAUGUGCAUAGGCGCUGUGAGAAUAAUGUAGCGCCAACCUGUGGCGUGGAUGCUAGGGGCAUAGCCAAAGUCCUGUCUGACCUGGGAGUCACUCCAGACAAGAUCUCCAACAACACACAGAGACGUAAAAAGCUUUCGCGAGGUCACGACCUCCCACAGCAGUUACCAGGAACCCAUCAGACAGACGAGGACUGUUCAAAGUCUGCCCCCACGUCCCCAUGUGAACAAGAUGUGAAGGAGCUUGAGAGCUUUCGAAAAGCUCUGUCGUUUGACCACCACGGAGAUAAGCAUAAAACACAUUCCCUGCUACCCACCUCUUCUUUUGCUUCGGGAACAGAGGGCAACCAUGCAAGUGCUGAAGAUGCGAUAAAUAGGAACCAAGCAAAUGGAGAAGUCAAAGGUCUAGAUGCAAAAAGAUUGGACCUACAGGAUUUUGUCUUUAUUAAAGUUUUGGGGAAAGGAAGCUUUGGAAAGGUGAUGUUGGCAGAACUGAAAGGCAGUGAUGAGGUUUACGCCGUCAAAGUGUUAAAGAAGGAAGUGAUUCUACAGGACGAUGACGUUGACUGCACCCUCACCGAGAAACGGAUCCUGGCUUUAGCCAGAAAACAUCCAUAUCUGACCCAGCUCUUCUGCUGCUUCCAGACUAAUGACCGGUUAUUUUUCGUCAUGGAGUAUGUAAAUGGAGGUGAUCUAAUGUUCCAGAUUCAAAGGUCAAGAAAGUUCGAUGAGGCUCGGUCAAGAUUUUAUGCUGCAGAAGUCACAUCUGCCCUGAUGUUUCUGCACCAGCAUGGGGUUAUUUACAGAGACUUAAAGUUGGACAACAUCCUGUUGGACGCAGAGGGUCACUGUAAGCUGGCAGACUUUGGCAUGUGUAAGGAGGGAAUUCUCAACGGAGUUACGACUACUACCUUCUGUGGCACUCCAGAUUACAUUGCUCCUGAGAUUCUUCAAGAGCUGGAAUAUGGCCCAUCAGUAGACUGGUGGGCUUUGGGAGUGCUAAUGUAUGAGAUGAUGGCAGGACAGCCACCUUUUGAAGCUGACAAUGAAGACGACCUGUUUGAGUCCAUCCUUCAUGAUGACGUCCUCUACCCUGUUUGGCUAAGCAAGGAGGCCGUGUCCAUUCUUCGAGGGUUCAUGACCAAAAGCCCAAACAAGCGGCUCGGCUGUGUGGUGAUACAAGGUUUGGAGGAUGCCAUUAAGAGCCACUCUUUCUUCAAAGAGAUUGAAUGGACACUUUUGGAACAAAGGAAAAUCAGACCGCCAUUUAAACCCCGCAUUAAAACCAAAAGAGACGUAAAUAACUUUGACCAGGAUUUUACACGUGAAGAACCUGUACUGACACCGGUGGAGGACAGCAUCAUCAAGCAAAUCAACCAAGAGGAAUUUAAAGGAUUCUCCUACUUUGGUGAAGAAAGCGUGGCCUAGAGUCACACACACUUACACGCACAAUACACACAUCUAAAAAA